GCAGGGAGCGCGCAGGCUGUGCACGCUUGACCCGGCUCCCGCACCAGCGCUGUCCUAGCCAGAGAGAAAGGACAUUUGCCUACAAUGAGACACGAGGCGCCCAUGCAGAUGGCCUCUGCACAAGAUGCCAGGUUUGGUCAGAAAGACUCUUCUGACCAGAACUUCGACUACAUGUUCAAGUUGCUGAUCAUUGGCAAUAGCAGUGUGGGCAAAACAUCUUUCCUGUUCCGCUAUGCUGAUGACUCCUUUACAUCUGCAUUCGUCAGCACGGUCGGCAUCGAUUUCAAAGUAAAAACUGUGUUCAAAAAUGAGAAGAGAAUCAAACUUCAGAUUUGGGACACAGCAGGCCAGGAAAGAUACAGGACCAUCACCACAGCCUAUUAUCGAGGGGCCAUGGGCUUCAUUUUAAUGUAUGACAUCACAAAUGAAGAAUCCUUCAAUGCUGUACAAGAUUGGUCAACUCAGAUAAAAACAUACUCUUGGGAUAAUGCCCAGGUUAUCCUGGCUGGAAACAAAUGUGACAUGGAAGACGAACGGGUUGUCUCAACUGAGAGAGGCCAACGCUUAGGAGAACAGCUCGGGUUUGAGUUUUUUGAAACCAGCGCCAAGGAUAACAUCAACGUGAAGCAAACCUUCGAGCGCCUCGUAGAUAUCAUCUGUGACAAAAUGUCAGAGAGCUUGGAGACCGACCCAGCCAUCUCGGCCGCCAAGCAGAGCACGAGGCUCAAGGAAACCCCUCCUCCACCGCAACCCAACUGUGGCUGUUAAUGUCUCCCACACAGGAGCUCCAAUGGGCUCCAGAGCAGCCAAGAAUCAGCAUUUAUAAAUGGUCUAUUAGCCUUCAAUUAUACUGCCUAAUAAUUAUUUGAAGGAAGUCUUUGAUGUCAGUGGCCCAUAUAUGCAUUCAAAGCGUGAGCUAUCUCCUGUGUUAAUAUGUGGCAAAUUUGCUCUUAUAUUUGUAAGGAUCAUUCAUCUAUAAACACCUGCUACUUGCA